AGACAGACCCUGCCCUUUCCUUUCUGUCGCCCUGUCUGUGGGCUGUUGUGCAGGAUUUGGGAGGCUGACAAUGGCAAGCUUUCUCCACGGCCUGCAAUGCUGACACUCUGCUCCCUCCUGCCGGGACUUCAUGUGACGUUGUGCCUACGGCCCCUUUGAAUGUUAGUCAUCAUGGCUAAGUGCGAGACCGGCCGCACCAGCCCUGUGGUCAGGCAGAUCGACAAGCAGUUCCUGGUCUGCAGCAUCUGUUUGGACCGUUAUCAUAACCCCAAGGUUCUGCCCUGCCUGCACACGUUCUGUGAGAAAUGUCUCCAGAACUACAUCCCUCCCCAGUCCUUGACCCUGUCGUGUCCAGUAUGCAGACAAACUUCCAUCCUGCCCGAGAAGGGGGUGGCAGCCCUACAAAACAACUUCUUUAUCACAAACCUAAUGGAGGUGUUGCAGCGAGACCCCGAGUGCAGCCGGCCCGAAGCCUGCAGCGUGCUGGAGUCGGCCAACACGGCUACCACUUGCCAGCCCCUUUCUUGUCCCAACCACGAGGGCAAGGUGAUGGAGUUCUACUGCGAGUCAUGUGAGACGGCCAUGUGUUUGGAGUGUACUGAGGGAGAGCACCGGGAACAUGUGACCGUUCCUCUGAGGGAUGUGCUGGAGCAGCACAAGUCCGCUCUUAAAAAUCAGCUGGACACCGUGCGCAACAGGCUACCUCAACUGACGGCUGCCAUUGACCUUGUUAAUGAGAUCUCCAAGCAGUUGACGGGGAGGAAAAAUGAGGCAGUGACUGAAAUCAGUAACACCUUUGACGAGCUGGAGAAGGCCUUACACCAACGCAAGACCGCCCUCAUCACUGAGGUGGAAAACAUCUGCAGCACCAAACAGAAGGUGCUCCAGGCUCAGCUGACCUCCUUGCUUCAAGGCAAAGACAACAUUCAAAGCAGCUGCAACUUUACAGAACACGCCCUCAGCCAUGGCAGCGCGACCGAGGUCCUUCUGGUCCAGAAACAGAUGGGUGAGCGGGUCAGCGCUCUCGCCAGGCACACCUUCCCUGAGCACCCCCAUGAAAAUGGACACCUGGGAUGCCAGGUGGAGACGGAGGGACUGAGGCGCUCCAUCCAGAACCUGGGCGUCCUCAUCACCACGGGGGCUGUGGGCCACGCCAGCGUGGCCACCGGUGAGGGCCUCAGACACGCGCUGGUCGGCCAGCACACCUCCAUCACCGUCACCACUAAAGACAAGGAUGGAGAGCUAGUGAAGACUGGGAAUGCGGCCCUGAGGGCCGAGAUCAUCUCCGUGGAUAGAGGGUGCACCGAGGCCGAGGUGAUGGACAAUAAGAACGGCACUUAUGAGGUUGGAUAUACCAUCCGCUCCGAGGGAGAAUACACCUUCUCCCUGCUGUUGUACGAGCAGCCCGUGAGGGGGAGUCCCUUCCGUCUGCGCGCCGUCAAGCCGUCGGACGUCUUGCAGUCACCUGACGACGUGAAGCGAAGAGUGAAAUCCCCGAGUGGAGGAGGGGGUCAUGUCCGGCAGAAGGCCGUGCGCAGGCCCUCCAGCAUGUACAGCACCACCAAGAAAAAGGAGAACCCGAUAGAGGAUGAGCUGAUCUACAGAGUUGGAACAAGAGGACGAGACAAAGGAGAGUUCACCAACCUUCAAGGCAUCUCCGCCGCCAAUAAUGGGCGAAUUGUGGUGGCAGACAGCAACAACCAGUGUAUACAGGUAUUCUCCAACGACGGUCAGUUUAAGAUGAGGUUCGGGGUCCGGGGUCGUUCACCGGGACAGCUGCAGCGCCCCACAGGCGUAACCGUGGACAUGAACGGCGACAUAAUUGUUGCUGACUAUGACAACAGAUGGAUUAGCAUCUUCUCCUCAGAUGGCAAGUUCAAGAAUAAAAUUGGCGCUGGGAGACUGAUGGGACCCAAAGGUGUCGCCGUGGAUAAGAAUGGACACAUCAUCACAGUCGAUAAUAAAGCCUGCUGCGUCUUCAUCUUCCAAUCAAAUGGGAAGCUGGUCACAAAGUUUGGUGCCAGAGGAACUUCGGACAGACACUUUGCAGAGAAAAGUGGUGCAAACAUUGCACUGGAAACAAAGCUUAGUAAAUCUGGUCCUGUUUUCAGUCCUCACUUUGUGGCUGUUAAUAACAAAAAUGAGAUUGUUGUUACAGACUUUCACAACCAUUCAGUCAAGGUGUACAAUGCAGAUGGGGAGUUCCUGUUUAAAUUUGGUUCCCACGGGGAAGGGAACGGCCAGUUCAAUGCCCCAACGGGUGUGGCCGUGGAUGCCAAUGGGAAUAUUAUUGUUGCAGAUUGGGGCAACAGCCGGAUCCAGGUGUUCGACAGCUCAGGGUCUUUCCUCUCGUAUAUCAACACGUCAGCCGACCCGCUCUACGGCCCGCAGGGCUUGGCCCUCACGUCCGACGGCCACGUGGCGGUGGCAGACUCCGGGAACCACUGCUUUAAGGUCUACCGCUACCUGCAGUAGAGACCUGCGACAGCCAUCCUCACCACUGCAAGCACUGAUGACACAACUAAUGUAAUCCACAGGGUGCAAUGAUAUCUCCAGCACAGCCUUUUUGAUGUGCACAUCAGCAGAUUUCCCCAGAUACGACCGUCACCUCGUUUAACCUUUUAUCGUGUGUAUUGAAGGUUGAUUUUUUUUUUUUUGUUUUUCCCAAGUCGAGUAAUGUGACGUCGUAGGGAGGAGUGGAAACCUAAAUCUAAAGACUGGACUGAUUCAAAGGCUGUUUUUUUUUGUUUUUUUGUUUUUUCCCUGUGGGAUGUUGUCAUACUAGACCUUCUGUGAGACCUGACACUUUAGCAGAUAAACUGAAAUAUUUAAUCAGCCAUAACUUGUUCAGAUGCAUGAAGUUUUAAUUUAUUUUUUUUCCCCCCUUGAAUGGCUAGGCAACGACUCCGCGUACCCGUCUGCUGCUUUAACCAAGAGUUAGUUAAUGCUUACAGUGAAAUGAACAGUGCCAUGCUUCUCCAGCGAUGAAAUGUAAACUUUCUCACAUAUUAAAUGUCACCACCAUCUGUGCAUUGGUUUGCUGUAUGUAUUGUAUAUACUUGAAUGUAUAUUGUGUAUAUUAGAUCACGCUGUAUGUAUGUGCUAUGACUUGGAACACACAGUGUUUUUGCCUUUUCAGGGGGCAACGAAAGAUGAAGGAUUCCCGGAUUUUGACGAUGUGUGUGUGAUUGAGUGUGUGUGUGUGUGUGUGUGUGUGUGUGUGUGAUUGAGUGUGUGUGUGUGUGUGUGUGUGUGUGUGUGUGGCAGCUGUAAAGGAGUGGGCUUUUGAAACAAACACAGCACAUGCAUUAAAGAAAAAGUGUGUCAUAUUAUUGCAUAUGUAAGCAGCACAAUAAUCAGUUUUGUUUAUAAUUGUUAUUUUAAAGGAGUGAAAGCAAUGGGCGACGUUAAUUUAUUUCAUUUUUGUACAAGCUCAGCAUUCACGAAAUUAUUUUUCUAGAUUUUUUUUCUUUGCGUUUGUUCUUUAUUUCUUUCUUUGGAACUUUUAGGGAAAGUUCCCAGUCAAGCAGAAUUCAGUAUCCAUCAACAUUUUGAAAAUGCAGAUCAGUAUUUGUGCAAAUGGGCAGCUCGUUUCCAAAGUUUCAUUUGGAUGCCAACAACAACAACAAAAAAAAAAAAAAGUCUUGAUGAAGAAUUGAAACGAUUGUUUUGCCUUUAACAUUUUAAUACCAACAACAUGACGGAAAUAAUACACAUAUCUCAGGAACAAUAUCAAACAUUUUUCAGUUCCAUAGAGACAUGCAUGUGGGGGGUGCAUAUUGGUCGCUUUGUAAAAAUAAAACUGUUAAUUUGCUCUAAUGAUGUCUACAUUAAGACUGGCAAAGUAUGGGGAUGGAGUAUGGAUUCUGUUUUACAAUAAUCUUUUGGUUUUGUGGCUUCACAAGAAAUAAUUACAAAUAUAAAACUGUAAAUGAGCAUUUAUUAGACAUCAGCCGGUGAACACACCCAUGUUUGAGAACUCACUCACAAUGAUGCAUUUGUAAACUAUCCGUCUUUCAGAGCUUCGAACUGCAUUUACAUGAAGCUACGACUCGAAAUGAAGGACUUGCCGCUCUUGCGCCCCCUUGUGUUUAUUCUUUGUAAUUGCAGUAGAAAGCACGGAGCAACAGCAGAAAAACCAACGUGCAAUCAACACAAGCUCCUGCUCUGACUACAUUUUCCACCGCACUGUGUUUAACACCCAAACAUUAGUCCUCCACACUGUGGAGCUUAUCUGAGGACUCGAGUAGAAGCCACAUAUCACCAAUUAAAUCAUUCUGGACUCUUUUUUUUUUUUUCUUCAUGCAUAUAAUCUGUUGUUUGACUGGUUACCAAACAGGAGUGCAGUACAUACAUCUUUUCAGAAUCCAAUGGUCACCUUUUGAGAUGUGUCUGAAGUAUUUUACCCUACCCAUUGUUUUGUUUAUGAAUAUGCACUGGUAAUAAAAGCACAUGGUUUACCGA